AUGCAAAACAUUAUCAACACCGUCAAAGGUACUGCACUGGGAGUCGCUGGAUUAUUAACUCCAGUCUUAAAGGAAUCAAAAUUUAAAGAUACAGGAGUAGUUACACCAAAUGAAUUUGUUACUGCUGGCGACCAUUUAGUGCAUACAUGUCCAACUUGGGAAUGGGCUUGUGGUGAUGAAUGCAAGAUUAAAUCAUAUUUGCCAAAAGAAAAACAAUAUCUUAUUACAAGAAAUGUGCCCUGUUUACGUCGAUAUAAACAAAUUGAGAACAGUGAAAUUCUUGAGAAUAUUGUUGAGUUGGAAGAAGGAAAUGAAGGAUGGGUUGAGACUCAUCAUUUUGAUUCUUCACUUUUGCCUUUCAAUGACAAAGUAUCAGAGAUAUCACACAAAGAAAAUAUUGAAGAUCAAAACAAAGAUUAUCAUGUUUCCAACAUAAUGACCCACGAAAAUCAAAUUAUAAAAACUUAUGAUGAUGACGAUGAAGGUGAAGCAAUAGAUAUGGAUGCGUUUGUAGAAAGUGGUCUACUGGAAGAUGAUUCGGCAACUAUUUAUUCAACACAUAUAAAAAAGAAUCAAUUAACAAACACAUCUAUUGAUGAAAUAUUAAAAACCCGAACAUAUGAUUUACAUAUAACAUAUGAUAAAUUUUAUCAAACACCAAGAUUGUGGAUUUAUGGUUAUAAUGAAUAUCUUAGUCGCUGA